GAAGCUAUAUGGCACCACUCCUUCUUCCAGGGGGAAAGGAAACUGGAAUAUGGAAAUGUUGACGAAGCAUUUAAAGUGGUUGAUCAAAUUCUUGAAGGUGAAAUACAUAUGGGAGGUCAAGAACAUUUUUAUAUGGAAACUCAAAGCAUGCUUGCUGUUCCCAAAGGAGAGGAUCAAGAAAUGGAUGUCUACGUGUCCUCACAGUUUCCCAAAUACAUACAGGCUAUAGUGGCUUCAACCUUGAAGGUCCCAGCUAACAAGAUCAUGUGUCAUGUAAAGCGUGUUGGUGGGGCGUUCGGGGGAAAAGUGACCAAAACUGGCAUCUUGGCGGCCAUCACCGCAUUUGCUGCAAACAAAGAGAGACGUGGUCCCCGGCAUCAGUAUCGCAAUUCAGUUCUCUUUCUCCAGGCUGGAUUCAUGAAUGAUGGCAGAAUCUUGGCCCUGGAUGUGGAGCAUUACUGCAAUGGAGGUUCCACCCUGGAUGAAUCAUUAUUUGUGCUAGAAACGGGAGUUCUGAAAGUGGAUAACGCUUACAAGUUUCCAAACCUGCGCUGCCAGGGCUGGGCAUGCAAAACCAACCUUCCAUCCAACACGGCCCUGCGUGGGUUCGGCUUCCCUCAGUCUGGGCUCAUCACCGAAAACUGCAUCACGGAAGUUGCAGCCAAAUGUGGUUUGUCCCCUGAGAAGGUCCGAAUGAUGAACAUGUACAAGGAAAUUGACCAAACACCCUACAAACAAGAGAUUGAUGCCACGAACCUGAUCCAGUGUUGGAAAGAAUGUAUGGCCAUGUCUUCCUACUCCCUGAGGAAAGUGGCUGUGGAAAAAUUCAACUCAGAGAAUUACUGGAAGAAGAAAGGGCUGGCCAUGGUUCCCCUGAAGUUUCCUGUUGGAUUUGGCUCAACCGCUGCUUGCCAGGCUUCUGCCCUGGUUCACAUUUAUCUAGAUGGGUCUGUGCUGGUGACUCAUGGGGGAAUUGAAAUGGGGCAAGGAGUCCACACUAAAAUGAUUCAGGUGGCCAGUCGUGAAUUAAGGAUGCCAAUGUCUAAUGUCCACCUGCGUGGAACCAGCACGGAAACUGUCCCUAAUGCAAAUGUCUCGGGAGGGUCUGUGGUGGCAGAUCUCAACGGACUGGCAGUAAAGGAUGCUUGUCAAACUCUUCUAAAACGCCUUGAACCCAUCAUCAGCAAGAAUCCUAAAGGCACGUGGAAGGAUUGGGCGCAGGCUGCUUUUGAUGAAAGCAUUAGUCUCUCAGCGACUGGAUACUUCAGGGGUUAUGAGACACACAUGAACUGGGAGACGGGCGAAGGCCAUCCUUUCGCGUACUUUGUGUUUGGAGCUGCCUGUUCCGAGGUGGAAAUAGACUGCCUGACAGGUGUGCAUAAGAACAUCAGAACAGACAUUGUCAUGGACAUUGGCCACAGUAUAAACCCAGCCCUUGACGUAGGCCAGAUUGAAGGCGCCUUUAUUCAAGGCAUGGGCCUCUACACAAUCGAGGAGCUGAAGUAUUCUCCUCAGGGAGUUCUGUACACUCGUGGCCCCGACCAGUAUAAAAUCCCGGCCGUCUCUGACGUCCCCACAGAGCUGCACGUUUCUUUUCUGCCUCCGUCUCAAAACUCAAAUACGCUGUAUUCAUCUAAGGGUCUGGGAGAGCCUGGGGUGUUCCUGGGGUGCUCGGUCUUCUUCGCCAUCCACGACGCGGUGAGAGCAGCGCGACAGGAGAGAGGCCUGCUUGGACCCCUGAAGCUCGAUAGUCCGCUGACCCCGGAGAAGAUUAGAAUGGCCUGUGAAGAUAAGUUCACAAAAAUGAUUCCAAGAGAUGAACCUGGAUCCUAUGUUCCUUGGAAUAUACCCAUAUGAUUCAGAUACAAACUUCUGGGGAAAUGGGCUGACUCUUCCAACACAGCAAUCUGUCCAGUCUCUGCGCUCUAAAAUGCUAAGUCUGAAAGACAAACUUCACAGUUCAGAAGUCAUUUCACGGAGUAUUGCUUUUAUAUGACGCUGAUCUUAAAUGUUCCAUUGAGAUUUUGACAGAUAUGCUUAAGCAAUUUAGAAAUCAUAUUUUAAGUGGCAUGAAUCCUAACUGGUUUUCUCUACAAUGAUAUUUUCCAUUAGUCGGUGCCAUAAAUCCAUCCAGCUGAAUGGAAUAGAAGACGAUGGCUUGUAUGUGAUCUGUAUUUGGCUUGUAUCCACCGACAGGAAUUAUACUGUCUGGUGAAAGGCAAUUUUCUAAAUAAUUGUAUUAUUAGUAUGGCUGUAAAGUUGUCAUUUUCUCAUUUGUGCCCAUCUGCCAUCACCCUCCUUUUCUUGUCAGAGGGGAUCCAGGCACUGGAUCUAAAGAGUCGGUGGAACCAAAGAAAAAAAUAAAUAAAUUGGACUUUAUCAAA